CAUGACUAGUUAUGUAAUCAGUGCAGCAGAUCAAUUAAUCAUUCAAUAAGGUAGAAUCAACUAUCCAACUCCUAGGAAUACCAUUUGAUUGUGAACUUGUACAUCCAGGAAAAUCUUGUGAAAUGAACAUUUUAUCUAAGUAUAAUUAGAAAUAACUUUAUAAAGUCUUCCUAGAAUCAUGAGAUCUAAUUCUAAAGUGUAUUUGCCAGUUCAUUUAAUCCCAUUUCUACUUUACAAACGAAAACAAUUUAUGAAGAAGUAUCAACAAUAUCAUUAAUAAAAUAGUCCUAUAUCAACUAUAAGUAGAGCACUUGUUUCUUAUUUUAAAAGCAUAUGUUUCCUCUCAUUUAUGGUUCAAAUUCUUAGAUAUAAUUGGUGCAAAUAAAAAAAUCUUCUUAAAAAAGUUGAUCCAUUUGUACCAUUAUCUGGUGGUUUUAUAAGUUCAUUUGCCCUUCUUCUUGAAUCCAAUACUAGGUAUUUAUGAAAAAUAAAUGUAGAGCAAUGGAAAUAUGUUUAAGUAUUGUUCCAAGAUUUUGCGAAACAGUCAUAAACCUAUUAAAAAGUAGGGGAAAGAUGAUAGAUAUUCCUAGUGGAGAUGUUAUUGUUUUUUCAUUUGUUAUAGCCAUCAUACAUUAUUAUUAUUAACAUGAUGUAAGAUUGCUUAUUAAUAUUAGCCAAAAUCUUUAAAAAGCACAUAUUAUAAAGUAUUUGAGAAAAUAUGGGGAAUAAAUUGA